UUCAAAUGUUUUGUUUUGUUUUUUUUUAAUGUUGAAUGUGUUGUAAAUAACAGGUGCUUUGUGUUACGCUAAAGAUAUAAAGAAAAUGCUGCAGGAUAACAAAAAAUACAUUGUUGAUAUUGAAAGAGUAAAUUUACAAUUUCUUGUCAACUGGUUUUAGUGUGCCACUUAGACACAAUAAUGUUAAUACAGUAUUAGCUAGAGACAAAAAUAUUUUAAACAAUAGAAUAUGAUGUAAACAGUUGACAAGAAAAUACUGUAAGCAUUUUUUUUUUACUGUUAGCGUUUAAUAUGUGCAGCUUUUGCUUGAACUUGGACAGUGAAUUAUGUUUUCGAUGCAAUACUUGCGUACAUUAUUUAGAAAACUGGAAAUAAGUACAUUAGGUUUGCUCACAAUUAUUGACAUUUCAGGAGACUCGGAACAUUAUGAAGGAAGUUGAAACAAAGUUGAGUGGGGAAACUCAAGCAACCAUGUGCAACUGGGGCCUGAAUAGGUCACAAGUGCUCAUUGUGUUUAUGGCUCAAUGUCACCAUAUCAAACACUAUUGUGGUGUAAACACACUGGCACCAAAGAGAGCAGUCUCUCUAUUUUUCUGUCAAACACAUCUCUGCUGCUCCCAGGACGCUAAUCUGAAGUGCUUGCGAUCUCGUAGAAUUAAGGGAUGGAUCGCUCCUGUGUAAAUCGUUUAAAAAACCUGAUGAUAUUUCUCAACUUCCUGUGCUGGCUAUGUGGAGCGUUUGUGGUUGCCUUUGGGAUAUUUCAGGCCAUACACUCCAAGUUUGCAUCUCUAGUCACCACUUUCUGGCCCAUCUACCCCGCCAACACCCUGGUGGUCACCGGUACGAUUGUUACCUGUGUGUGUUAUCUGGGUGUGCUUGGAGCUAUGAAGGAGAAUCGCUGCCUUCUCAUCAGCUUUUUCAUCCUGCUGUUCAUCCUGAUGCUGAUAGAGCUGGCCAUGGCUUGUGUAUUCCUGGUUUACAGCAGAGUGAUCGACACAUACUUUGAAAAAGACCUGACACAAAGUUUGGCGGUCUACAGGCAGUCCGGUCCUGGAGAGAACCAGACCAUUAAAGAGGAUUUUGAUGCCGUCCAGCACUUGUUUAGGUGUUGUGGAGUUCACGGUGAGGCAGACUGGAUGGGUAGAGUUCCCAUCUCCUGUUGUGUCCGGGAUCCCUGCACCUCCCCCAUCAAGACCUACUGGCAAGAGGGCUGUCUCAUGAAACUGAGGGACUGGUUUGCAAGCAACUAUCGGAGCACCGGAGCGGGCGUUGUCACGCUGUUUAUCAUCCAGUUCUCUUGUCUGUGUUUUAACAUCCCGCUGUUUUGUCACUUUGCUCGAAACGGGCUGGGCUACCUGUGAAAAGGAUGCAGUGCCAAAGUCACAGUGACCUCCAUCUUUGCAACUUAUCAGUAUUGAACGGAUUUGUUUUUUCAAGGAGUAAUUGUAGCUGUUCAAGCUUGGUGUGCACUAGUUCUCUCAUACAUUUUAUUCGCAUACAUGCCAUUAUUAAUAUACAUUUCAAAGUAAUUACUCUUUGUAUAUUUUUAUUCAAUUGUAUGUUGUAUUGAUUAACUUUCCCCAAUAUAGAAGUUGAAUGCUGAUGCUGUUUCUAUGUCCUGGUACUACUUUUAUCUCCAUGUAUAUUCACACACUGAAAACAAAACAAUUUUGAUCAAUUCAAUGCACCCAAUUGUAUUAUUCUGUGUUUUAUCCUAUUGAUUGUAAAUAAAAUAAUAAUAAAUCGCU